GCCCGAUUUAUAAUGAAUAUUAGUUUAAAAUAACGCCAAUGCCGACAUGACUCUUAACUCGACGUAUGUAUAUAUGUCGGCUUACCUGACACACCUAUUACUUAUAAAUAUUUUAAAUAAAAGUGCUUUAUUUUUGUAGUCAGGCACCACAUGGGCAGCUUCACCAAACAGAAACAUUUCGGGGUCCUUUCACUUCACGUGUGCGUCUGCUGCUCUGCCAUCGUGAGAGGAAACCAUGCCGAAGUCAAAGAGGGACAAGAAAAUUUCGUUGACGAAAACAGCCAAGAAGGGACUGGAGUCAAAACAGAAACUAAUCGAAGAGUUACGGAAAUGUGUGGACACUUACAGAAACUUGUUCAUAUUCUCUGUGGCCAAUAUGAGGAAUAACAAACUGAAAGACAUCAGGACAGCAUGGAAACACAGCAGAUUCUUCUUCGGCAAAAAUAAAGUCAUGGUGGUUGCUUUGGGUAAAGGAGAAACUGACGAAUACAAAGAUAAUUUGCACAAGGUCACCAAGUAUCUACGAGGAGAAGUGGGAGUACUAUUCACAAAUAAAACAAAGGAUGAAGUACAAGAGUAUUUCAAUCAUUUCAAAGAGCUGGAUUAUGCACGGUCAGGCAACCGUGCACAGAUGGACACAACUCUGGAUGAGGGACCCCUUGAACAGUUUCCUCACUCGAUGGAGCCACAGUUGAGGCAAUUAGGACUUCCCACUGCUCUCAAGAAAGGCGUGGUGACACUGCUGAAGGACCACACAGUCUGUAAGGAGGGAGACGUGCUUACUCCUGAGCAGGCUCGUAUUCUGAAACUCUUUGGCAUUGAGAUGGCAGAAUUCAAGGUGCAGAUCAAAUGUAUGUGGAACUCAGAAACAGGCGAGUUUGAGAAUGUUGCUGGUGAGGAAGAGCCUAUGCAGGAUAAUGAAGAGGAAGAUGACGAAGAUGCAGAAUGAAACAUCUGCAAGAGCCGACGCUUUUUCACAUCUGUAUAUAUUUUUUGAAGUCAUAUUUUUGCCAGCUUCCAACAGCAGAGGAUCAUAGAUGUUGAAACCAAUCACCCUGACUGCAUGUGCUGCCCCAGGAGUCUGUAAUGUCUCAUUUGUCCUUUUUUUUUCACCCCAAAAUAUAAACCUCUGUCCUUCGCCUCGGAUUUUAGCUUUGGACUGAAUCCCUGUUGAGUAAAAACUGGUGACAAGAGUCAAAAGACUUAAUGAUCACAUGUUACAUGUAAUCAUGUUGAUGCCACUUGUUUUGUCAACAUAAG